GUUCUAGAUGUGUUGUGGCAAUAAUAGCAGUAAUCCAUCAGAAAAGAGCAGACUAUUGAAAACUAAACAACUAAACCAACAAGUGUGCUUGUUUACCUUAUUUGCUGAACAGUCAUUUGGUGGAAUGGCCCAGGAGUUCUAAUACCUGCCCUCCAUAGCUGAAAUAGGAUUUUUCUAAACCAAAUGGUAAUUAAAAUGAAACUUGGGCUGGGUUUGAGGCUGUAGCUCUUGAGCUACCAUUUUACGGAAGGCAACACUUUAGGGUGUAGUCUGUGUGGUAGGAAUGGUGGCCUGCUGGCAAAGCUGGGGGUAGGAAUCAUCAGACUGAUGAUCUUGUCCCUGUCAUUUGUCUUCUGUGAGUCCUCAAGCAGCUGAACUCAAACCUCAGUUCCCCCUCUGUAAGUGAGGUUUAUUAUAUUUCUCUGCAGUUCUCAGGGUAGUGAGGAUAAAGUGCAGUGUGAGAUUGCAAGGCACUAGGAAGUUUUGUGUUCAUUAAAGACUUAAGUGGGGCUUGGUUGAGUCAUCUUUGUGGUUCAGCUUUGACUUCAGGAGGAUGUUUCGUGGAAGAGGAUGGAUGGGAAGAGCAACCAGCUAGUCUGGAAUGAGUGUGGAAGCCUUUAUGAUAAUGCUUUUACCCCUGCCAAAUUCAACAACAGAAUCAACUGAAAAUGUCUCAGAAUCCUGACAAGCUAAAUUCAAGUGAAGAAAAGUUGAGUGGUUUGGAGGAUGAUCAGGAGGAGAACUUGGACAACUUGGAUCAGUCUGUCCGAAAGAGAAUACGACAGAGUGCUCCAGGGUCACACAGAGAUGAUACACCAAAGUCCAGUCCCUCUCGGCCUGUGUCAAUAGAAGAGCUCAUGGAGACAGCCAAGGGAGUCACCAACAUGGCACUGGCACACGAAAUUGUGCUGAAUGGAGACUUCCAGAUAAAGCCAGCUGAACUGCCAGAACACAGCUUAGAGAAGAAGGUCAGAGAUAUUGUGCAUAAAGCUUUCUGGGAUUGUUUGGAAGCUCAGCUAAAGGAAGAUCCCCCGACAUACAAUCAUGCAAUUAAGCUAUUGGGAGAAAUUAAGGAGAGUCUUCUGUCUUUCUUGUUGCCUGGUCAUACUAGACUGAGAAACCAGAUUACAGAAGUUCUUGACCUGGAUUUGAUAAAACAGGAGGCAGAGAAUGGGGCCCUUGACAUUUCUAAGUUGGUCAAAUUUGUUAUUGGGAUGAUGGGGACUCUCUGCGCUCCGGCUCGAGAUGAAGACAUUAAGAAACUGAAAGAUAUUCAUGAAAUAGUUCCUCUUUUCAGAGCAAUUUUCUCUGUAUUAGACCUAAUGAAAAUGGAUAUGGCAAACUUCGCUGUCAGUAGUAUUAGGCCAAAAUUAAUGCAGCAGUCUGCUGAAUAUGAAAGAAAGAAGUUUCAGGAGUUUCUUGAGAAACAGCCAAAUUCCUUAGACCUUGUCACAAAGUGGUUGCAAGAAGCAGCAGAUGAUCUUGCAAAGCUGGGACAUGAAAUGUUGCCUCCCCACUCUAGUGAUGGUGCCACUGGUGGAGCUUCUGCCUUGUGCUUCACUGCUGUACAAAAUCAGGCCUAUCUGAAGCUGCUGAAGUGGGAUCACAUGAAUAGGCCUUUUCCAGAAACGGUGCUCAUGGACCAGGCGCGCUUCCUGGAGCUGCAGCUGGAGCUGGAGCAGCUCCUGGUGGUGGGGACAGUGCUGCUGGUCACGUUCAGUGCAGCAGGCCCAGCGCUCAUCGAUGUGCCUGGAUUCGCCGAGAAAAUCAAAGCCAUCGUCAAGGUGCUGCUGGCGGGAAUGCAUCUCCCCUCCUUUAACCUGGAGGAGUCCCUGGCCACCGUGGGUGAGAAGGUGUGUGCUGAAGUGAACAGCUGCCUUUGCCAGCACGGCUUUACCCCGUUCUCAGCUGAGAGAGAGGCCGUGCUGAAGGGACAGAUCCGGGCGGCGGCCAGCCCGGAUAACUCCAUCUGCAAGCUCGUAGAUUCUCGAAUUCAAAAGUUUCUGGAGAAUUAUCUUGCAUCCAGUCACCAGAAAUCAUUGCCUGCCAUUCCUGGAGGAUUAGGCCCUAUUCAGAGAGAGCUGGAGGAGAUUGCUGCCAAGUACAUUCGUCUUGUCAACUACAACAGAAUGGUCUUCAGCCCUUACUAUGAUGCAGUCCUUGGCAAAAUAUUGACUAAGGAGGAAUCCCAAAUUGUAGGGAAGUCAGAAGAAUCAUAAAACCAGCCUGUGUGCUACCAAUACAGUAUUGUCAGCUAUUAAAUAAAACUUGUACCAAUAUUUGUCUAGGAAAACAGCUUUCCGUGUAAAUACUGGUUCCUUUUAACACAUGAGUGGUGACUGGUGAGGGAAAUACAGGAGAUGCUAGAAGAGUUCUGAGGUAAAAGAUGAGAGAUGCAUUUCUAAUAUAAUUAUGCAACCUGGGGGGAAAUAUCAUGGGAAUUUUCUGGCUGCAGUUUUUAGAUUUUUGAGCUGAUGAUAGGUAGGGCUAGUUUACCAACAAACUUUGUAUUUAAGUGGCUCAUUUUAGGGCAUUUAACUCUUAAUUUACAGUGAACUUAGUUUAAUUUAUCCAGAGCUGAUUAGCAGUGGUUCUUCCCAGAAGGGGUGAUUUGGUUUUUUAAUUUGAUUAAUUCUUUCAAGAAUUAAUAAAGUUAAAAAUCUAAAGAACUUUACCAGACAAAACACCAAGCCAAGCAGCACUUUACUGUAACAUUAUGGUGAGUACGGUAGGCUUACUAGUUUUUUCUGUAUUUUACUGCAUUUUUAAUAGCAUUUUUUUGCUGUUUACCUGCAGAUGUUACAAAACAUAAUAUAUUUUUGUAGCAAAUUUUCUGGUUAUUGGGUAACUGUUCUCUGCUAUGUACAGUACUCCCAGAGGUGGCAAUCUUAUAGAUUGCAGCUGUAUUUAUAUCUUGUAAAGAUUUCAGAAAGGGCAGAGCUAAAAUGUUUUGAUAAAAGUGGCAUUUCUUACCUUUUUUUUGCUAGUAAUUUACUCCUUUUUAGGUGAAAUACUAAUUUUAAAGUAAAUUGUCAUUUGCAGAAGGUGGAUUGAAAGUAUGUGAAACUUUAGGUUGAAAAUUCUCUGUUUUUUAAAAACUACAACAGGAGAUAGUUGUGUGUUCAAUAAUGUCUUCAAAUAUAUCUGGGAAGUUCAGAGCACUGUGGGCAGUAGAAGUGAUUUUAAUGUACUGUGAGAGCUGAAUGGUUUGAUGGUAGUUUGAAUAUACAGGGAAUAUUUUAGUAGAUUUUUUCAUUUUGUAGAGGUGUUCUUGCAACUUAGAAUAUUUGUAGGUCUUGAAUUUAACGAGCUACGUGUUGUAUAGAGGAGAAGAGCCCAGUGAUCUUACAUUGCAGUCUCAGGCUCAGCUGGGAGGUAAGUGAAGUUUUCUUCUGGUUGAGCACAAUAGUGUAAUACAGUAAUCAAUAUUUGAUGGUUUUAUGAAAGCAGAGUUUGUAUUUACACACAGUAAGUGGCCCAAGUAUGAGGUUGUCCAAACCAGAACGUGCUAUCUUUAAAAAACCAGCAAGGUAU